UUGAAUUUAGUGGAUGUUUUCAUCCACUAACAACACGAAAGGGUAGUAAAUUUGAACAAUGCACAAGGGUUAAGUUUGAUGUGUUCACAUCAUUCGAGCAGAUGAAGUUAGCUAGCCCAUCCUUAUCCCAACAAGCAUUCCUCAAAAUGCUUGAGCAUCGAUCUCUUUCCACUGGUCGGAUGGGUAGUAUUUGUGGCAAUACGUUUAAUAGAGUUUUUCGGGAGUUUGCCUUCUGCAGUUAUAAAAAGGAAGAUCUGUGCUUGAUGGAGCCUUUUAAAUGCCCAGCAUGCACACCAGACAUGCUGGCUAUAUCUGCAGACGGCAACAGAAAACAUUACAGAUUCAAGAAAUCCAAAGGGACAGACGAACCACCUCUUUUUGAUGGACUGUUCAUCGCACAAGAUGCCAAAGUAUCUGCCUUUGUUGAGCAAAUAAGAAGCCAGAUGUGUAGUAGGACAGGUCAUGAUGUCUGUGGGCCAGCAACAUUUACAGCAGGCAGAGAAACAUCACAGAAAUCCCGGGCCAAGGUGGAUGAAGAGGGCCUUGAAAUAGCAGUGUGCAGACAUGGAAUCUUGCUGCAAGGCUUGAAUCACUAUCGUGGUGAAAUAUAUGCCUACCCAAUGUUCCUGCAGAAGGAACUGGCACAAGCUGCAAAUGUGACAUUCUUCUGUAUGGACAUUGCUUGCAGGUAUUGGCCUUAUUUGGAAAAGAUGGCAGAGAAGUUGCCUGAGCUCCAACCACUAACCAUGAUGAAGCCUUUCCUCUCCGUAAUGCAUGCUAAGGCCCACACUGGCAAAUGUGAGGUUAGGUGGGGUGGUAGAAGCCAAGAUGGUGCAGGAAAUACUGUCGGUGAAGAGGUGGAACAGGUCAAUAGUUUCCUUUCAAGGGCAGCUCUUACUACAAAGUACAUGACCAAGUCAGGCAGAGCAGAUAUGAUAACUGUGCUUGCCAUGGCAUGGAACAAUAGGAAGGUGGAGAGUCUUCACAAGACACUGGCAAAAAGAUUUGUCAAAACUACACAGAGGGCUGAAAUGGAAGCAGCCAAUCUUGAGAGUCUCAAGCAGGAGUUAAACAUCUCUCAGGAGGAUGCAGAUCGGUGGGUGUGUGAGGUGCAGCAAUGGGCAGCAACUGAGAGAGACAGUACUCCCGGUAGCCAGGAAGAGCUCCAGAAAGAAAUUGAUGAGAUCAUUUAUUCGAUCCGAAGAAAGAAGCGUGAUCUGUAUCGACAGAAUGACAGCAACCAAACAAGGCAGCGCAAACGGAGAAGACUUGGUGAGCUCAAAAAGACACUCCGAGAGAGGAUAGUGCAGUACAACACCCUUCCUGGCUGUGAAGACACAAUUGACACAGAAGCAGCAUGCUGUCUCUCUGAUGAUUUCAUUCUGCCUUGGGAAGCACAAGGAGAUGUGGUUAGUCUCCGCUUGAAGAGGCGGCUGUUUGACCAAGUCAUGCUGGCCAAGCGCAUGGAUGAGGAGAAGAUAAUAAUAGUGAAAGAGAUGACUCAGCAUUAUCAACAUCUUAAAAAUACAUUGGACCAACUGGACACCUUCCUUCGGGAGAUUAAAGAGGACAUCAAGAUCCAUAAUCCACCAAGAGAGCUGACUGAAGAGGGACACAGGGGGCUGCACUGCUGUAUCUUACACAAGCGGCACAUUCUGCAGCAAAAACUUGCAGCAGUCGCCAGCACCUAUGGCAGUGUCAACACAGACCCUUCCUUCUUCAUGCUGCAGGAAGAUGCUGAAGAGGAGAUUGAGGACAACAGCAGCUCAGAAUUUUCUGAAGAUGAAUUUUAAAGAAUUUUACAUUUUAAAGCCGCAAACAUUGGAAGCACUCUUUAAAAUUUAUUUAAAUAUUUUUCAGAUUUAUUAAACAAAAUAAUAAGUAAAAGUCAUUCUAAACAUGA